CCAUCAGCCAGUCCAUCGAACAUUCUUAAACCACACAAUACAAGCAGAGAAACACAGUAUUUAAUUUAAUUUUUAUCAUGGCCUCUAUGUCUGGUCUUUCAUCUCUCAGCUCCUCCUCCGCUCAUUUGUUUGGCUCACAACUGCCGGCUGGAAAAACUCUUUCCCUGCCCUCUAGAGUCGGUUUUCGUCCACUCCAUGUCUCCGCCGGUUGCGCUACCACAGCCGAGAGAACAAAAUCCCACGUUGCAUCUCCAGGAUCGCUGUACGAAAUUCUUGGGAUACAGAUGGGUGCCACGUGUCAGGAAAUAAAGACUGCUUAUCGGAAACUAGCUAGAGUUUUGCAUCCUGAUGUUGCAACAACCAGUCAAAAGGAGGAAAAGACGCAUGAGUUUAUAAAAAUACAUGAAGCUUAUGAAACUCUGUCUGAUCCAGAGAAACGGGCCGACUAUGAUCGGUCUUUGUUCUGGCAAGGGCAACGUAUGAGUUCUCCGUUUGUGACGUCAGCGACUGCAGCCACAGCAGUGCGUUAUUCGGCUUCUGGAUUUACGAAGCGCAGAUGGGAAACUGAUCAGUGCUGGUAGAGAAAAAUUAGUAGUGUUUUUGGUUAAAUUUAAUACUGAAUUAGUGAACUAUUGAAACUAGUGAAUCGAUUUUUUAAAUGCUUAGGCGGAAAAUCCUUAAUAUUUUGGGAUUAUUUCUGCAUAGGUGUAAAUAGCCAAGAUUGGAUUCCAGAAUUUUGUACGAACAAGGCGGCUUUUUUAUAGCCUGUUCUAAUUAUAAAGUUCUUUGUAAAAUUUUGUUUUAAAUGAUAAUUAACUAUUAUUAUUCUUAUUA